GGGGGAUUAAACAAACAAAUUAAGGAAAAGUCAAGCUGCUAGAUGGGUUCGUGGUUUUGGUUGAUUCUUGAGACAGUUGCACUGCCUAAGCGACCUCUCUCACUCCAAUGAUUAAUCUAUCAUAUAUUAUAUAGUCGUUAUAUAUAUUUAAUUAAAUAUUGUGCAAAAUCAUUACACCAAGCAUCUAUAACUUCUUUAAAUCCCACCACAGCUGUGAGCACAUAUUCCCUCAAGCAAACAGAAGCAAAUAAAGUUAUUUUGUCAUGGAUCAUCCAAAAAAGUGUAGCAAGAUCAGCGACAUUGUUCGGCCUCAGCAAAUCCUCAAGAAAUGGAAAAGGGCAGCAAAUGCACCAAAGAACAACCACAACCACAACACUAGCAUCAGCAGCAAUGCCAGCAAGAGCAUCAAGUUCAUAAAGAGAACACUUAUCUCCUUCACAGAUUCUUCAUCAGCAGCAGCAGCUGCAUCAAAUGAUGUUGUCCCCAAAGGGUACCUUGCUAUUUGCGUUGGCAAGGAGAUGAAGAGGUAUAUCAUCCCCACGGAGUACUUGGGUCACCAAGCUUUUGGAAUACUGUUGCGAGAGGCCGAAGAGGAGUUUGGGUUUCAACAAGAGGGAGUCUUGAAGAUACCAUGUGAAGUUCCUGUCUUUGAGAAGAUCUUAAAGGUGGUUUAAGAGACAAAAGAAAGAUGUUUACCUUAAUUUUGCAUGAGUUAGUUAGGGUUUGCUAGUUAUAUAAUGCAGAGUAGUCGACGAUCGACCAAGGAGAUGAUUGGCUGUUACUCACCAGAUCGUGAGCUAACACCUUCUGAUCACCAUCCUCAAAUGUGUACAUGC